AUAUAUACACCUUUUUAAAAAAAGAAUUUUACAUUAGUUAUUCAGAAUAUAAUAUUUAGUAAAAUUAAGAGGCCUAAAAUGGAGAACUGGCAAUUGAUAUAUUUUUUUAUGAUAAUUUCAUGUUUGAUAUUUAACGAAGGUAUUUUAAAUAAAGAUUUGAGUGAAAAAAAAAUAUGCCCGUUUGAAAAGGGUACCACAGAAAUAGCUGCUAAAAUUGGUGACAUUGAAACAUUAAAACUAGCUUACGAGAGUGGUUGUGAAUGGGAUGAAUAUACGACUGCUGAAGCUGCUGCAAAUGGACAUUUCGAAUGUUUAAAAUAUGCACAUGAAAAUAACUGUAGGUGGGAUGACGAAACAACUAGAGACGCUGCUGCAAAUGGACAUUUCGAAUGUUUAAAAUAUGCACAUGAAAAUGGAUGUCCAUGGGAUGUAAGGACAACGAUAUAUGCUGCAACAAAUGGGCAUUUAGAAUGUUUAAAAUAUGCACAUGAAAAUGACUGCAGUUGGAAUGAAGAAACAACAAGAAAAGCUGCUGCAAAUGGACAUUUCGAAUGUUUAAAGUAUGCACAUGAAAAUGGAUGUCCGUGGGAUGUAAGCACAACGAUAUAUGCUGCGACAAAUGGACAUUUAAAAUGUUUAAUCUAUGCACAUGAAAAUGACUGCAGUUGGAAUGAACAAACAACAAGAAAAGCUGCUGCAAAUGGACAUUUCGAAUGUUUAAAGUAUGCACAUGAAAAUGGAUGUCCGUGGGAUGUAAGCACAACGAUAUAUGCUGCGACAAAUGGACAUUUAAAAUGUUUAAUCUAUGCACAUGAAAAUGACUGCAGUUGGAAUGAAGAAACAACAAGAAGAGCUGCUCUGAAUGGACAUUAUGAAUGUUUAAAAUAUGCACAUGAAAAUGGGUGCCAUUGGAUUAAAGACAUUACUAGAUAUGCUGUUAUUGGAGGUAAUUUAGAUUGUUUGAAAUAUGCUCAUGGAAAUGGAUGUUUAUGGGAUACAAGCAUAACGAUAGUAGCUGCAAGAUAUGGGCGUUUAGGAUGUUUAAUCUAUGCACAUGAAAAUGACUGCAGUUGGAAUGAAGAAACAACAAGAAGAGCUGCUCUGAAUGGACAUUAUGAAUGUUUAAAAUAUGCACAUGAAAAUGGGUGCCACUGGAUUAAAGACAUUACUAGAUAUGCUGUUAUUGGAGGUAAUUUAGAUUGUUUGAAAUAUGCUCAUGGAAAUGGAUGUUUAUGGGAUACAAGCAUAACGAUAGUAGCUGCAAGAUAUGGGCGUUUAGAAUGCUUAAAAUAUGCACAUGAAAAUGGAUGUCCAUGGGAUGUAAGGACAACGAUAGCAGCUGCAACAAACGGGCAUUUAGGAUGUUUAAUCUAUGCACAUGAAAAUGACUGCAGUUGGAAUACAGAAACAACAAAAAACGCUGCUAUGAAUGGACAUUAUGAAUGUUUAAAGUAUGCACAUGAAAAUGGAUGUCCGUGGGAUGAAAGCACAACGAUAUAUGCUGCGACGAAUGGACAUUUAGAAUGUUUAAUCUAUGCACAUGAAAAAGGAUGUGUAUUAGAUAAUAGGAUAACUACUGUGGCUAUCAAUAAUGGUUAUUUUGAAAUUUUAAAAUAUGCUCAUAAAAAUGGAUAUCCAUGGCCUAAAAGAACAACAAAAAUAGCUGCAAGUUAUGGUGACUUAGAAUUUUUAAAAUAUGCUCAUGAAAACGGUUGCAAAUGGGAUGAAGGUACAAUAGUUACAGCAGCCAUGAUUGGUAAUUUAGAAAUUUUAAAAUAUGCACAUAAAAAUGGUUGUCCAUGGGAUGACGGCAUACUUACUGUAGUUAUUAAAGGAGGUGGUUUAGAAAUUUUAAAAUAUUUACUUGAAAAUGGAUGUCAAUGUGAUGAAAAAACAACACAAGCUGCCGCAAGUUAUGGUAAUUUAGAAUUCUUAAAAUAUGCAAUUGAAAACGGUUGCAAAUGGUAUGAAGGUAUAAUAGUAACAGCAGCUAUGAAUGGUAAUUUUGAAAUUUUAAAAUAUGCACAUGAAAAUGGAUGUCCAUGGGAUUAUGACACAACUAGAGCUUCUGCAGCAAGUGGUUGUUUAGACUGUUUAAAAUAUGCUCAUGAAAAUGAGUGCCCAUGGCAUGAAGAAACAUUAAAUACAGCUGCCGCACAUGGUAAUUUAGAUUGUUUAAAAUAUGCAUAUGAACAUGGAUAUAAUUGGACUGAAGGUACGAUGAGAGGCGCUGCUGCCAAUCGACAAUUAGAAUGCAUCAAAUAUGCCUUUGAAAAUGGUUGUAAAUGGGAUGAGGGUACAACAAGGGAAGCUGUUGCAAGUGGUUGUAUUGAUUGUCUUAAAUUUGCUCAUAAAAAUGGAUGUAAUUGGAAUGAAGGUACAAUAGUUACAGCUGCCAUGCGGGGAAAUUUAAGUUGCUUAAUAUAUGCCCACGAAAAAGGAUGUAAAUGGGAUGAAAGCACCACAAGACUUGCUGCUGCAAAUGGUCAGUUUCGUUGUUUAAAAUAUGCUCAUGAACAUAAUUGUCCAUGGAGUAUUAAUACCAUUUAUGAAGCUACUCGAAGAGGUUUUUUGGAUAUAAUCAACUAUGCUAACGAGAAUGGCUGUAUUAAUUAGUUUUCUGAUAAAAUAUUAUUCAUAUUUUACAUUCCAUUACAUUAUAGUUUAAAUAAAUCGUCUUGAGAUAAAAUGAUAAUAAUUAUAUUGAGAGCAAUCAUGUAAUUUUGUAUUCUUAAUAAAUACUAUUUUUGAAAUUAUAACCAAAAUACUUAAUAAUAAAUGUCCGAAUUUUCCAAUCAUAUAAUUAUUGUUCAAUACACAAUAAAUAUAAUAGAAAAUGUUUAUAAGUAAUGACAAAAAUG